GCAGAAAAACAUAAGCUUGUGAUAUAUUUCGCAAAUGCAAAUCAGAAUGGGGGGGAAAAAAUUACAUAUCUAAUAAAUGCAUAAUAUUAAUGCUUCAGUUUUAUUUUAAUCCAUGUGUUUCAGUUUGAGAUUUGGCGCCCUGCAGGAAUAACACUACGUCAGAAAAGGAUUAGGAACUGUGGGCUGGCCCAGGAACCGCGGAUCUCCUCCAGCUCUGAUUCAGUCGGAUCGCAGCUGCAGUUGUUGCUCUGUCGGCGCCGAGGACGGACCGAUCCGGGCGCAUCCCUCACCGCCUCCGGAGGAAGCUGAAUGUGAGCGCAGAUGGAGAGUAAAAUCCUCCGCAGAUAGGAUUUUGGUUUCGUUUUCGGAGCGAGGAAUCCACGGAUGCGAGGGCGCGGUGAAGCUGUGGCUGCAGCUGCAAACCGAGCGACCAGAAGGAAGAAGUUCUGCUGAAUAGCGAGCCCAGGUGAGGCAGAUGUUCGUCUGCUGAGCGGAUCCGGAGGACAGAGCAGAAGAGUCCAGAGGAUAUGGUCCCUGGGGCCCCCAGCACCACGACCAUCACCACCACCACCAUGCUCCCCGCCUCCGAGGCUGCCAAAAUCUACCAGACCAACUACGUGCGCAACUCCCGCGCCAUCGGCGUCCUGUGGGCCAUCUUCACCAUCCUCUUCGCCAUCGUCAACGUAGUGUGCUUCAUCCAGCCCUACUGGAUCGGGGACGGCAUGGACACCCCGCAGGUGGGCUACUUCGGUCUGUUCCACUACUGCAUCGGGAACGGGCUGUCCCGGGACCUGGUGUGUCAGGGCAGCUUCACGGAGUUCCACAGCAUCCCGUCCGGCGCCUUCAAGGCUGCCUCCGUCUUCAUCGGCAUGUCCAUGGUGCUGGUGCUCACCUGCAUCGGCUGCUUCGCGCUCUUCUUCUUCUGCAGCACCGGAACCGUUUACAAGAUCUGCGGCUGGAUGCAGCUGGCUGCAGGUACCAGCCUGGUUCUGGGCUGCAUGAUCUACCCCGACGGCUGGGACAGUGACGAGGUGAAGCGGAUGUGCGGCGAGCAGACAGACAAAUACACGCUGGGAGCCUGCUCGGUGCGCUGGGCCUACAUCCUGGCCAUCAUGGGCAUCAUGGACGCGCUCAUCCUCUCCUUCCUGGCGUUCGUCCUUGGCAACCGGCAGGAUAAUCUGAUGUCUGAAGACCUGCUGGGAGAAAAAACUGGAAAUAAUGUCAUAUAACACCAGGAAGCGGUGAAGAAGUCAUCACACACAUGGGUCUUACAGUUGGGAUGUGGCAUUACUGCAGCGUCCAGCGUCAAUCUCCUGGCUUGGUGGCUGGAUGCAGAGCUGGGAAGCUGCAAAUUAAAGCAACAAAAGAAGAAGAAAUGCCCUGAAAGCAGCCAUACAACCCAAUACUGGGAUCAACGCCCCAUUAGUCUGUAAAAUAGUUUUUAUACUCACCUGAAACUGACAUUUUUUUUCCAAGAUGAGAGUUUGUUGUCAUCCUACCUGAGCUGUUUUUCCAGAAAUGAAAAGAAAAAAAAGUCUGCUUUUUGGUUUAUCUUGGGGCAGAAAAAAAGACAAAACAACCACUGAAACCAAACAGACUCUGAUGGACACAGUAAAAAAACAACCCAGCAGCCUUGACGUUUACCAAGUCAACAAACUUCAUCCUGCUGAAGACGACUGCCGUCUGCAAAAACCUGGAAACUGAGCAAACUUAGAGACUGGACAAUAAAAAAAAACACACAGUGUGGUCCUGUUUAUGAUGAAAUAUUUGAUGUUAUAAAAUGGAAACUGUUAAUAUCAAAGCUUUCUUUGCUGGUAAAGUCUGUGAAAAAAGUACAAAUAAAAUAAAAGCGCACCAAUCAAGAGAAUACAUAAAUUAUAUGUAUUUAGUGAAUAGCACUACAUGUUGGUUAUGUCCCUUUGUCUCGACUUUGAAAUGUAUUCUCUGAAAUGUCCUGCCAUUGGUUGAUUAUUAGUGUUUGCCAUUCAGUAUCUUGUUAUCUGACAAUAUUGUAAAGAAAAAGAAAAAAAUAUGAAUAACCGAGUCUGGUUUUGUUUUGUAAGCUGACAUUUUUCACUUUAACGCUUUAAAAACCACCACAACACAUUUAAUACAAACGUUAAUAGUUUAUAUGGCUAAAUAAAAAGCCUCCGGAAGUCGGAAAACAGAUGUUCUAGCUAAGCUAAGCCAGCUAGAAAAAGCAGGUAGCGCUAUUAGCUUGGUUAGCAUCGGGAUUUAUACGAAACAGCUAACCUGAGUAACACAAAUAAAACUACCAAUAUCUGAGAUGAAACAUAAUUAACUAGUUUAAAACUUUACAACGAACAUUAAUUAGUUUUAAAAAGUGGUCUGCUCAAUUCACGUUUUCAGGUUUGAUAUGUAGGCAGCUAGCGCUUUAAUUCGUCUGAGGUUCGACUCCCGAUCUAGGACUUACCUCCUUCUCUUUGCCCAUUUCCUGUCCAAUUACUGUGAAUAAAAGCAGUUGAUUUAACAAAACUUAGAAUUUUAUCUAAUUGGUUGGUUUCACGAUUCAAAAUUUCUGCAAUUUAACCCAGAAAUAUGUAGUAAUAUGCUGCGUGCUUGGUGUAAAAAUGCUAAUCUUGCUAGUUGUUUCACAUAUUUCACACCAAAUUACAGCUAACGCUUAAGAAAUCGGACAUUUCAUUACAUUAAGUUAACAUUUUAACAUUUAAAAACUUUACAUUUGGUGUUAAAAUUAGGAAAUUGUUAGCAUUUAUUCCUCUGCUGUAAAUUUACUUUUUUUAACUAACUUGUUGAACCAAACUGUACAAUUAGCUUAGCUAAAGUUAGCAUUAGGAUUCAAGAAACACCUUUUCUGAUAUUGCUGUAUUAAACUAAAUUAAAUACAACAUCUACUUACAAAAAUUAAAAACUUUGAACUACACAUUCAUUUACUAUCCUUGGAGAUAUUUACUUUAAGCUAAGCUAGUUUUCUGCUCCAAACAGUAGGUUAGUGAAGCUAAAGUUAGCAAAGAACUCGAUAAAAAGCAAGUCUUAAAAAACUGUCUGGUGCUAAAGACAAAUCACUGGGAAAGAUGAAGAAAAUAUAAAAGUAAAAAAUAACCCUGAAUUAGUUUCCAAAAAGUAAAGCUUUACUUUAAGCCACAGUUAGUACAGGUAUUUUUUUUAGAAUACCAAGCCUGAGCAAUAUGAAUAAAUCUGAAAAUAUCUUAGGCUAAACACACUUUUUUCAUUAAAAUUUAGCAACAAGUUGACAGAAACCCAACAUUUAAUUUUUUGGGGGGAAAAACGUGUUAGCUUUUAUAGCUAACUGAUUUGAUUCAAGCGUGAUCCGUUUGUAGUCAGAACUCAGACAAUCCGACUGGAACACACCAACGAAGUCGGAUACUUUUUCAAACGCCAACUUCCAGAUCCAAUAUGGCUGCUGUCCACAUCAACAAUGGUGACCUGCAGUAAAAACGUUUAUUUUGAUGAUGGCCCACUUAGACAUGUCAACUAAAAUUCUAACUGUAAUUGUUUACAUCACUGAUUAUUAUUAGCUAUUGAACAACUAAAAAUGUUUGUGUGAAUGUACCUGGUAAGUGAAAGCACAGAUUCUGAUACUAAAGAUUGUAAACAUUUCUUAAAUGACGAUUUGAAAACCACUCAGAGCGAAUGAAGCCAUUUUUCCCACGUUAUAAGUGGAGGAUAAUUUACUUAAAACAAGUAGAAAAGUUACUUUUAUGCUAAUUUUGUCUUUCUUCAAGAAUACCAAGACAUUUGCACUAGAAACUAGAAAAUUUGGGGGGUUUUUUAGUGAAGAAAACCUACUGAAAAACCUGCCAAAUUCUGAGAAAUUCAUGUAAAAAUAUGGCUAUAUGAAGUAUUUCUGAUGUAAAACAGAAAGCAGGGUGCAAAUACUUUCCCAGAUAAUUAUUCCCCCCCAAAACGUUCAGACAAAUGUCGCCACAAGUGAUAUAAAACUGUCAUUACAGUGAUUUAUUACAAUGAACCAUGAAAAUAGCCAACCAGUGCAGUGUCUGUGAGUCUCUCUCCACCACACAAACGCAACACUCACACACACAAAUAAAAAUAAAAAA